AUGAGAUAUGAUCUAUGGGAUGAAGAAGGUUUUCCUGAUCUAGGAGAUCCAUUCGUUGAAACACUUGAUUAUACGAAUUUAUAUUUUUUGUCUGGAAAUACGGUAUCAGAAGCACAAGUUGAUGCGCGCAAAACUAUUCAACAAUUUGGUUUUUCAUUUGCAAGAUCAAUCCAUCGUCCGAUCAUUAAUGAAAAAAGUUAUGUGGCUGUAAACACAGAAUUAAUAUUGGCAAGUAAUAAUAAUAAUAACUGCGCUGUUCCAACUAAAGCUUCUCAUCUUGAAUAUAUUUUGCGUUACAUAGAAAUAAGUUAUGCUAAUUAA